AUGCUAUAUAUAGUUUAUUGUCUAAAAGUCAAAGAAAAGAUCCGAAUCAAAGAAUUAGCCUCGUUGAAUGCUUAAAUAGAAUUUAAUCCAUAAAUGGUGCACUAAAAUAAAAAUUAAUUCUCAUUAAAUCAAGAGAAUUUCCAAAAUUAUUCGCCAUUACUAUAAUUGAAGAGACCGAAAUUGAACAUCAAUGGAUUGCAGCAAUCGGAAUUAAGAAAGUUUAAUUAAAUUGAUUCUGAUUUUAAUGAGGGGACUUGCGAUAGUUCUCAAAAAAUCAUAGAGGAAGAUGACGAGAACAUUGAGAGAAAUAUGGAGGUAUUAUAUACUGAAGAUUUUUAAUAAAGUAUGGAGGAGAAUGAAUGUGAUGAAGAUGCUUUUAUUUAAUUCUAAGUUGAUCAUAGAAAAUUUGAUUAAUUAAGAAUUGCAAAGAGCAAAUGGAUUUUGGAAAAGACAAAUUUUAAUUAAAAGAUUGACUGA